AAAAACUGAGUAACAUAGUUUUGCUUCCUGUGAGAAAAAAAUGAUUUCUGAAACUGUUUCUUGUUAAUCUGUGUUUUUCAUCUCUUAGAAAGAGCAGUUGUUUGUCUUCCUGGAUAGUGUAUUGGCAUCAUGAAUUUGGAGAUUCCACAAAGUUUUGAAGAUGUUGCUGUUGAGUUUUCAAGAGAGGAGUUGAAGAUGCUGAGUGAGGAGGAGAAGAAGUUAUACUGGGAAGUGAUGGUGCAGAACUUCGAUCACAUGGUUACUGUAGGUUAUGAUAUCCCAGUGAAACACCUUUUGUCAUUUAUUUUGAAAGAUAAGAUGCUUCCAUCUGGUGACAGUGACGUAGGACCACCUGUGCAGCAGAAGCAGCUUCCUGGUAACAGAAUUAGCACCAACAGGAAUGCAGAUUUCACUGUGAUCCAAAAUCUGCAGUUACCCCACAAGAAACCCCUUGAAGUUGAAUCUACUAUCGUUCUCCCAGAUAAGAUGUCAGUUACAAGGCAAGAUUCAGUACAGUCUGAAACCAGACAUAACUGUAAGGAAAGUACUGACAGGUUUAUCAAAAAACCUGAGCUAGAAAUGAAUCUGCAAACUCAAACAGGUGAAAUGCCAUGCAGCUGGCCUGAUCACAGUAGCAGUGUAACAUUUCAUAGCAACAACUUAUCUGAUCAGUUACAUUGCAGUGGGCAAAAAAAGGACACCUUUCAAAGACAUGAACAAAUAUUCAGCAGAGAAAAGCUUUAUAAAUGUGUCACAUGUGGCAAAGGCUUUACAACAAGAAAGACUUUAGCAGUACAUAUGAAUAUUCAUACCAGACAAAAACUCUAUAGAUGUCCCAUGUGUGACAAGAGUUUUACACAAAGGAGUUACAUCAUAGCUCAUCAAAGGAUCCACAGUGGUCAGAGGCCGUACAAAUGCAGUGUGUGUGACAAGAGGUUUAGGCAGAAGGGUGCCAUGGUACUUCAUGAGUAUAUUCACACGGGACAGAAACCCUAUAAAUGCAACAUGUGUGACAAGAGUUUUACACAGAAGAGUUUCAUGGUAUAUCAUCAAAGGAUCCACAGUGGGCAAAAGCCCUACACCUGCAGUGUUUGUGACAAGAGGUUUACUCGGAAGAAUACCUUGGUACUUCAUCACCAAAUCCACACUGGGCAGAAACCGUACAAGUGCACAAUGUGUGAGAAAAGUUUUACACAGAAAGCUAACAUGGUAAACCACCAACUUAUCCACACUGGGGAGAAACCCUAUAAAUGUAGCAUGUGUGAUAAAAGUUUUAACCACAAAUAUAGUAUGAAGUCUCAUCAGCGUAUCCACUCUGAGGAAAAGUCCUACAAGUGCUCCAUGUGUGACAAGAGUUUUAAAUGGAAAAGCAGUGUGGUGAAUCAUCAGAGAACCCACACCAGAGAUGAAAUAAAAGCAGAAAAGAAAAGGAAAAGGGAAGUUGUAGUUUGAACUGAAAUCAUCCUCAAGCCUUGGUGGGUACCUUCACAUGGUGGCCCGUUGUUUAUUAAACCCCACCAAGUGAAACUGAUAUAUAUAUGUAUAUCAUGGAAAAAAUAAGGAAAAAAGGUAUAGUUGGAUGCACUCAUCCCAGGAUAAAAGAGGUCUGGCAAAGGCACAAGGGCCUAGGCUGGUAGAAAGACAAAUUCUUCCAAGAAUCAAAUAGAUCUUGCUGCUGUGUUAGGCCAUAAUUCAACAGAUAAUCUAAGAUCUAAGAGCCCCCGCCCCUGAGGCAAAACAAAAAAAAAAUCCAUGUCCAGACAGCCAGGAUGCCUGGAAACAGAUGCAUGGACACUUGCAGACAAAAAUAAUGUGUUUUGUUUCUUCUGUGCCACUAACCCACAGUUCUCAGAAAUGGUUUGUACUGCAAGAGCAAGGGAAAAAUACACAAGAGAGGAAAAAUAAUUGAAGUAGAAAAAAUGGCAAACAUUACAGAUGACAAUUUAAGAUCAUUUAUUGACCAUAUAUAAACAAAGCAAUAUAUAUAGACAAGAAAACAUUGAGUGAUUUGGAAAAGGUAGCAAAAAUUGAAGUAUUGAUUGAAAGAAAAAGUCCACAGGUAUUUGCAACAUUAAAAAGAGAGAGAAAUGGAUCAGAAAAAGCAGCAAGACAUAAUGUGGUGCAGUUUACACACAGAAAAAAUGAAUGCUGACUAAUAAUCAUAAAGUAAAGUCAAAAAUAUUUCAAAAUACACAUAGGCAAAGGCAUCCACAUACGGUAACUGUUACAAAAAAGGGAACAGUAUAACAGGAAUAGUAUAACAGAAGUCUAAUGUAGUGGUAAGUAAGCAGUUUGAUACAGAAAUAGAGGAAACUGAAAAUGAAGUGAUAGAUCAGCUAUAAAUUAAAGGAUUUGAAUGGGAAUCCCAGAUAUAAAGACCACUUCAGAAUAGUGGUUUGUUAAAACAGAGUCAUAGAUUAUUACUAUAACUGCUCUCAUGGACCAUUUUGAGCCUAGCCAAUUACCCCCUGUGAGAAUCAAACCCUGCACCUUGUGUUUCUAAGGUAAGCACCUUAACCAUUACACCACCCUCCUACACUACAGCUUAAAGAAGUGACAGAGGACUCAGAGCAGUGCAGCAGUAGAGAAAAUCACUUGUUAAUUCAGGUAAAUGUUAACAGUAGGCAUUUCACAAAAUGAAAUGUCACAGUCGUAUCAAAGCCAAGAUAUAUACACACAAUGGCAGAAAGAGCAGGAAGUAUAAACCAUAGAAGAAACUGUUAAUCAGAAAGAAAAUAAUUUGAGAAUACCUGAAGGAUUUGAUAGAAAUAGAUAAAUGUAAUAAAAUGUAUGAAACAGAGGCUCACAAAAGUAAAUAAAACAUGGAUUGUCAAAAACUUAAUAAGCCAAAUUAAUAAAGUAAGUGGAAAUGAAGACAUCCAUACAAUAUAACAGAAAUUAACAGAAUACAUUAUUGUGCUGCAAAAGUAAUAAGAGACAAGGUAUUACCAAAAAGCAUAAAUUAGUAAAGGAAAAUAAAGGGGUGAAUAGAUCUCAUAUGUGAAACAGUUAAGAAUACAAAAAAGGAAAUCAGUCUAAAAAUGUAGAAAAGUGAAUGAGCUAAAAGAAAAAUAUAACAUCAAAACAGAUCAGGGUUUGAGUGGUACUAUCUCUUAACAGUAAAUUAAUCUCUGCACAAACUGAAAAACUAAGGAGAUACACUGAGAAAUAUAAAAAAGGCUACGAAACAUAUAGCUUAAUGAUAAACAAAAGAAAUUCUACAGAGAACUCAGAAAGAGAACCUCGGUCGUUGAGAUAAUACCAAGAAUAGCAGAAAUGAAUGUAUUCUGGAGGAAUAGCCAUGAGGCCCACCUGAGUGGAAUAAAGAGGAUGAGUGGAUAAAAAAAAACAGUUAUGAGAGUAUGACAUAAAAGAUAUGGACUGGAAUAAAGUAACUCCUACUGAGAUAGAGAGAAAGUUAUGAAAGGCUCCCAACUGGAAAAAGCCAGCUUCAGAUGCUGUACCUAACUUUUGGUUAAAAGUCAUUGUCACUUUUGCACUGAGUUCUAUGUGUACACCCUGAAAUGACACUGGACUGGCUAACAAUGGGAAAAAUACUCAUACUUAAAAGUGAACCCACAGAUCGCCCUAAGAAGUAUCAACUAAUAACCUGUCUCGCAAAACAUGCAAGUUAUAUACAGGCAUUGAUGCAGAUAGAGUGUACUGAUAUUUAGAGAGAAAUUCAAUGGUGGCCAUAGAGAAGAAGGAGAAUAAAAGAGAUUCAUGUGCAACAAAGGAUCAUCUUUUGUUAAACAAAGUCAUAAUGGAGACCUUAAACUGAUGAUAUGAGAAAAUAUAAAACUUGUGGAGGAAUGUGGUAUAAAAGAUUUGGAACACGCUGUGUACAAAUACAUUGGAAUAGAUGAAGAGGCAGAAAUACAGCUUGAAAAAAUAAGAACAUCGCUCAGUGAGGAUUGUUUUAGAAGACUAAAAUUAAUACUAAAAACUGCUUUAGCAUCUAGGAAUAAAAUUCAAGCUAUCAGUCAACAUGCACUUCCUGUUUUAACUUGUAUCUUUGAGGUGAUUGAGUGGCCACAAAAAGAGUUGGAUAUGCUUGACAGGAAAACAAGAAAAUUUCUCCAUGCCCAACAAUUGAUUUGCCAAGAUUUUUAUCCCUCAGUCUGAGGGAGGCAUGGGUCUCCUUAAGAUCGACUAUGCAUAUAAGUCAGUGAUUGUUGGAUUGCAUACAUAUUUAUUGACAUUAUCAGAUCCAAAAAUAUUGAAUGUUUUAAAACAGAAACAGAAUAAGUCUAAGAUGACAUCUUUGCUUAGUUUAGUUGAAGCCUUUAGGAGAAAAGUGGGCAUGGAACUCCAACCAAACUUGGAUUAAAAACAGGUGGCAACAGAAAGUGCAAAAAAAGCAAAAAACAAUAUAAAGAAGAGGAUCAGAAAAAGAAAAGAUCAAUGGAAAGAUGACAAUUAUAGUUAGAAGUACUGAGGUCCGCUGGGAACAGCCACAUGUGGACAAGGAGCUGCUGUGCAAAUGGUUCAAUAUUGAGGUCUACUGGGAGCAGCCACAUGUGGACAAGGAGCUGCUGUGCAAAUGGUUCAAUAUUGAGGUCUGCUGGAACAGCCACAUGUGGACAAGGAGCUGCUGUGCAAAUGGUUCAAUAUUGAGGUCUACUGGGAGCAGCCACAUGUGGACAAGGAGCUGCCGUGCAAAUGGUUCAAUAUUGAGGUCUGUUGGAACAGCCACAUGUGGACAAGGAGCUGCUGUGCAAAUGGUUCAAUAUUGAGGUCUGCUGGGAGCAGCCACAUGUGGACAAGGAGCUGCUGUGCAAAUGGUUCAAUAUUGAGGUCUACUGGAACAGCCACAUGUGGACAAGGAGCUGCUGUGCAAAUGGUUCAAUAUUGAGGUCUGCUGGAACAGCUACAUGUGGACAAGGAGCUGCUGUGCAAAUGGUUCAAUAUUGAGGUCUGCUGGAACAGCCACAUGUGGACAAGGAGCUGCUGUGCAAAUGGUUCAAUACUGAGGUCUGCUGGAACAGCCACAUGUGGACAAGGAGCUGCUGUGCAAAUGGUUCAAUAUUGAGGUCUACUGGGAGCAGCCACAUGUGGACAAGGAGCUGCUGUGCAAAUGGUUCAAUAUUGAGGUAUGUUGGAACAGCCACGUGUGGACAAGGAGCUGCUGUGCAAAUGGUUCAAUAUUGAGGUCUGCUGGGAGCAGCCACAUGUGGACAAGGAGCUGCUGUGCAAAUGGUUCAAUAUUAAGGUCUACUGGAACAGCCACAUGUGGACAAGGAGCUGCUGUGCAAAUGGUUCAAUAUUGAGGUCUGCUGGAACAGCUACAUGUGGACAAGAAGCUGCUGUGCAAAUGGUUUAAUAUUGAGGUCUGCUGGAACAGCCACAUGUGGACAAGGAGCUGCUGUGCAAAUGGUUCAAUAUUGAGGUCUGCUGGAACAGCCACAUGUGGACAAGG